GAGGGCUGGUCUCCGCUCGGACCUCGAUUGAGGAGGCCUCUCCCUCAGCAGGAGCGCCCGUCCCGGCCAUCCGGCCGGUGCCGCCGGGGGGCUGGCCCGCUGCCGUUAGCGACCGGCCCGCUGCCGUUAGCGACCGGCCUGCUGCCGUUAGCGACCCGCCCGCGGCGGGGCGGAGGCGCCGCCGCUCCAGAUGCUGCGGUGGUUGAUCGGCGGCGGCCGGGAGCCGCAGAGCCUGGCGGAGAAAUCAUCUGUACAGACAAUUGGUGAAGAACAAAUACAGAAUCCCUACACAGAGCUCCUUGUGUUGAAAGGUCAUCAAGAUAUAGUACGAUUUCUAGUGCAAAUAGAUGACUGCAGGUUUGCAUCUGCAGGAGAUGAUGGAAUCAUAUUUCUAUGGAAUGCUCAGACUGGAGAAAAACUUUCUGAACUUCAUGGACACACACACAAAAUUACAGCUAUAGCACCAUUUUCUUCAUCAGAUGCUUCUGAAGAACGAAAACAUUUGAUUUUAUCAGCAUCAGCUGAUAGAACAGUUAUUGUUUGGGACUGCACUAGUGGCAGACAGGUUCAGAAAGUGUCCUGUUUCCAUUCAACUGUAAAGUGUUUGACAGUUCUUCAAAGACUGGAUGUAUGGUUGUCUGGAGGGAGUGAUCUAUGUGUUUGGAACCAAAAAUUAGAUCUCUUGUGUAAGACCAGUCAUCUUACUGAUGCAGGUAUCAGUGCUUUGGUUGAAUUGCCUAAAAAUUGUGUUGCGGCAGCUGUUGGCAAAGAGCUAAUAAUUUUCAGGUUGAUUGCUACUAAUGAUGGGUCUGAAGGUUGGAAUGUUCUUGAAGUAAAACGCCUUGUUGACCAUCAGGAUAACAUUUUAUCAUUAGUCAGCGUCAAUGACUUGACUUUUGUGACAGGUUCUCACGUGGGUGAGUUAAUAGUUUGGGAUGCACUUGACUGGACAAAGCAGUCAUCUGAGUGCAACUUCUGGGACUCAUCUGCCUAUCCAGAUGUACAGCCAGAAAUAAAGUUAUCCCAAAGCCCACAUGAAACUUCAGUUCAACACUUAACAUCUGAUGAAGAGUGUGUGUUUGCUGCUGUUGGGAAAGGCAUAUACGUAUAUAAUCUUCAAAUGAAGCGUGUGAUUGCCUGCCAGAGAACUGCUCAUGACUCCUCUGUACUGCACAUUGAGAAGCUUCCAAACAGGCAGCUGAUCUCCUGUUCAGAAGAUGGCAGUGUGCGCAUUUGGGAGCUCCGAGAAAAGCAGCAGUUGCCAGCUGAACCGGUUUCAACAGGGUUUUUCAACAUGUGGGGAUUUGGAAGGGCAAACAAACAGGCUAACCAAGCUGCUAAGAAGGUGCAGGAUAAUACACCUAUGUAUUUCUUGGAGCUGGUUGGUGAUUUGAUUGGUCAUUCAUCAGCUGUGCAGAAGCAAGGGGAAGAGCAGGUGGAGUGGAGCAGUGUGGUUCUGGAGUAGUUUUGCUCACAAGUAUUCAUGAGACUGACUGGAUUUCAGAACUGCUACUGCCAAAAGCUGGAAACUUCACCAAUAGCUGAGGUGAACCUUUCUGCUACAGGGAUUUCUGCAAGUCUUUCUGCACCUCUCUACCAUAUUUCUUUCUGAAAAACUGUUGAAAGAGGCCCUAUUAUCAGUAUGGAAGGUUGCUAUCUAAGAAAGAGGACAUAGUGUGUAAUUCAGCAAGAGGCACAGCAGAGAAGGUGAGAGGCACAUACUAGGUCUUUUCUAGGAUGCUGCAGAGUCGAGGAGUAACUGAGAUGAUGGUGGAUGUGGUUUCCUGCAAUGUUCUACAUAUAGAAAAUUCUAUUAAACUCUGGGCAGACUGGAGCAGUUGGGGUUAGAAAUGUUGAGUAGCGAUGAAAUGUGAUGAUCAAAGAUGUAGUCUUGGCCAGAGUAUUUCUACUGGAACUGCAUAGCUAGUAGGUGGCUGUUCCCAGAGCAGGUUGGCUGUAGCACAGUCCUUGGCCAGAAUGCUUUUCCUGGGCAGAUCCCUUCAACAAGCUGAAGUCAGGACACUGCAAGCAUGCUAUAGUGGCAUCACGUGAUCUGAUUCCAUUGGCUGUUGUGUUGAACUGCAGUUAGUGGCUGAUUUUAGAUAGACUUGUGGAGGUCUCUGAAGUCAGGGAUGACUACAUGACUUGUCAGCUCCUUUGCUCCUGCAAGAUCCCUCCGCUGCUGCUGUACUUUUCUCCUGUGUCACAGUUUUUGCUGGUUUGGCUUCCUCCUGUGUCACAGUUUUUGCUGGUAUGACCACGCACAUGCAGAUGUCUGACACAGUUGUUCACUCUGAUCCUUCCAUGCCUGUCAAGUAGCCUGUGGUGUCAUGUGGGAAGGAGACAGUGUACCCAAGUGAACAGAACAGUGGCUUCUAUUCCUAAGGAACCAGGAGAUCAGAGUUCACACAAGUCACUCACUCUUCUACUGCUGACUUGGAACAAGUUUCCUCAGUAUUCAUUACCUUAGCUUCCCUAUCUGUAAAGCCUUACCUCUUUUUCUAAACUGAGAUAGUUCAGUAUGAAAUGCUGCUUAAGAGUUGUUUUCAUGUAAGGAUUUUAUGAUGUUUCAAACAUAUAGGAAGUAUACAUUGUAAUUUUGCAUACCUGUGUUCAAGCAGAACCAUUUCAGACAAAGGGAUUUGUUUAGUCCAGUGGUACACUGCACACUUAAGGAAGCUGACAAUCUCAUGUAAGC